UAUGGCUUCAUUUCCGAUUUGGUCACAAUUACAGUGACCUUUUUCCGGUUUAUCGUAGUACCAUAUACACGGCAAAAUGAAAGCCAAAGGAGAAUUGAAAGAAUUCGAGGUGAUCGGCCGUAAGUUGCCGACUGAAAAAGAAAAGACUACUCCAUUAUAUAAAAUGAGAAUAUUUGCACCUGAUGCUAUUGUUGCAAAAUCUAGAUUUUGGUACUUCUUGCGUCAACUAAAAAAGUUCAAAAAAUCUACAGGAGAAAUUGUCUCUCUCAAACAGAUUGCAGAGAAAACUCCAGUAAAAAUAAAGAAUUUUGGAAUUUGGUUAAGAUAUGAUUCCAGAUCUGGAACUCAUAACAUGUACAGAGAAUAUAGAGAUCUGUCUGUUAGUGGUGCAGUAACACAGUGUUAUAGAGAUAUGGGAGCUCGUCAUCGUGCUCGUGCCCAUUCAAUUCAAAUUAUUAAAGUUAACGUUGUAAAAGCAGCAAACUGUAGAAGACCUCAAGUUAAACAGUUCCAUGAUUCCAAAAUCAGGUUUCCAUUACCAAAACGUAUUCAGCACAAGAAUCGUAUGCCGCUUUUCAGUGUUCGAAAACCGCGUACCUACUUCCUUUAAAUAUUUUCAAAGAUAUGUUUUACACAUUGUCAUUGAAUAUAUAAAUCUGAUCCAAUAAAGAAACAACAUCUAUUCUAA